AUGUCAAAAAUGGAGAUGUAUGAACAAAAACGGACCCCUGAAGGCUCUACCAGUAGUGAAAAAGAGAAUACAAAUGUAUCCUUUCAUGAUUCGCCGCAAUACCCUAAAGCAUACCCUGACGAAAUUUUUUUAAUAGAUUUUGACAAGGAUGACCCUGAACGACCCUUGAAUUGGCCUACCGGGAAGAAGCUAAUACACACAGCGCUAUACGGAAUGACAACGUUUGCUGCUCAAUUCAAUAGUACAACAAUGUCACCUACUGCUGGACAUCUGACAACUGUAUACCCCAUCGGUGAAGAGGUGGCGACGCUAGCUACCUCGCUUUACGUCUUAGGGAUCGCUUUUGGUCCUAUGAUUUUCGCACCUUUUUCAGAAAUGAAUGGCAGAAAGAUGGGUGUCUUUUUGCCUUUUUUUAUUUCCAUGCUACUUACGGCAGGCACGGCCAGUGCAGAUAACGUGGCAGCCAUUAUGUGCACUCGUUUUUUUUCCGGAUUGUUUGCUGGUGCUCCAAUCGUUUCUUCGGGAGGUGUAAUGGCUGAUCUUUGGAACCCAGCUCAUCGAGCUACUGCUAUGGUUUUUUAUGCAUUCUUUGUCGUUAGCGGUGCCGAUUUCGGUCCUAUUAUCAGUAGCUUGCUUUCAAGGGGUUCGGAUACGGCUUGGCGAUGGCCAUUAUGGUUUAUGGUGAUUGUUCAAUCUGCCAUUCUGCUUAUUAAUAUGAUAGUCAUUGAUGAGACAUAUGUUCCUGUGAUUUUAGCUAAGAAAGCUCGAAGUUUACGACUUUCUACAAAGAAUUGGGGCUUACAUGCUGCUCAUGACCAGUACAAGCUGGAUGCAAAGGAGUUUAUAACUUUUCAUCUGUUACGUCCUUUUGCAAUGUUGGCAACACCAAUUGUCUUUUUCAUCGCCUUGUUUGCCAGUUAUGUAUAUGGCAUUCUCUAUAUAGUCUUGACUACCAUCCCCUAUACGUUUGAAAUGUCAAGAAAUUGGAAAGGGACAGUUGGUACUCUUCCCAUGAUUGCAAUGUUUUUGGGUGUCGUGAUUGGGGGUGUUAUCAAUACUAUAUGGAACAGAAAAUAUGCAAAAAUGCUUCAAGAGAAUGGCGGAGAACCUCUUCCCGAGCAAAGACUACCGAUGAUGAUGAUGACAGGUUGGCUUAUGCCAGCUGGUAUCUUCGUCUUUGCUUGGACUUCCUACGAAAGUAUUCAUUGGAUAGUACCAUUUAUAGGUAUUGCUAUGAUAGGUGUUGGGUUUUUCAUUAUUUUCCAAGGAUGCUUAAAUUAUCUUGUUGAUACGUUCACUAAGUUUGCUGCAUCAGCUAUUGCUGCGAAUACGUUUACGAGAUCAAUUUUCGGAGGUACUUUUCCUCUAUUCUCUCGUAUCAUGUUCAAGAAGUUAGGUGUUCACUGGGGUGGCACUUUAGUAGGGUUUGUUGCUCUCGGAAUGAUUCCAAUUCCUUUUGUAUUUUAUUUUUUUGGCGAAAAGCUACGUGGAAAAAAUCCAUAUGUCAAUCUUGUGUCUUAG